AACGCGAACACGCUUCAACUGGAAAGCGGAAACAGACGGCGCUCUGGUGCUGUGCGCCAUAUUCGAACUAGACGGGCAAGCGGCAGGUCGGGAUUAAUACACCAGCCUCCAGCCGAGUUGUCUCGUUUUCCCGUUUUCUUACCGCUGGCUUGCUUGCCGUUUCACUGGGGGGCUUCAUUCAAAGCAGCUAGCGAUGGGGUCAAGCGUUGGGGACAUAAGGAAUAACAUGAAGAUUCUUCAAAAUGAGAUUCGCCACAUUAAGUAUCCAGAUGAAGUUGACUAUGUAGAGAUCUCAAAAGGCAUGCCUCAGGCAUAUUUGCCACUCUACCACUAUGCAUUCAGCACAUACAGCCCUGUCUUUGCUGAUGAAAUUAUUCAUUUGUUGGAUGAUACUCUAUAUAGCAAAUCUGAUCUUCGCUUUAUGGAAUCUGUCUACAGGGUGUUGCGUGAUCUAUUUCGUUACAAGCCAUCAAUCACAAAAGAGCAGUUUUUUUCUGCUGGUAACUUUGCUGAGCGGAAAGUCAUGAUGUGUACAGAUAUCCUACGAUUAGUUCGAGAUCGUGUACGUUUGCUUGAACCACAGAAACCAACUAAUCCCAACAUAAAAGUAUCUUCUGUCAUAGACAACCGCCGCAACUCAAAGUUAGGAUCCCGUGUGCAUUUGUCAGAGAAUGUCAGUGCAGAACCUUCACUUGACAAUUCUCUUGUGCGGAAAACCUCCAGAACAUCAUCUCUGCAGGGCUCAUCACCUGUCCAAAAUCAACCUGCUGAGAACUACUCAGAAGAAACCGUGUGCAAAGUUACAGGUUACGUGAGGCCCAAGUCAGGCAGAGGGCUUGCCCAAGUUGAAGCUCAGAGUCCAGAUUCUUCCAUGGACUUUUUUCCUUUCCGCACUGACCACUCUGAUGCCAUGGAAACCAUUUUGGCCAAAGUUCGAGAUUUGCCAUCUCAGCUUUCUAACUUCAUGCAGGCUGUGGAGAAUCGACUUUAUUACAUGCAGGAGAAGCUUCAAGAAUGCGAGACUGUCAUCAAGGAGCUUAAGACCCACGAAAUGGAAAGGGAAAUGAAGAAGAAGGCUGAAGAAGACCCUAUGCAGCUGGUGGACAGCCUCAGAUCUCGUCUUCUGCUUUUAGAAAACCGUGUCAAGCUCCUUGAAUCCAAGAAUAAGGUUUGCCAAGCACCAGCAGAUGAAAAGAAGCAUUCUGCCAACCCCUUUGUGUCUCUGGAAAAAGGAGGAGGAUACCAGGGAGACCAGAUACAAAUGGAUUCAAGCAUGUUUUCAGAGUUUCAAAGGAGCAACAGCAAUUCUUUUGCCAGCACAACAAUCAAAGAUUUCUCACCAAUCAGAAGAGAAAACCUGUUCUUUGCCGAUGAUACUGUGUCCAGCACUCCAGACACCCACUCCCGCCGUUCUAGUACACCUAACCACAGUGUCCACGCUGUUGUCAAUGGGAGACCUACCUGUACCCUGGGUGAAGAGCAGGGAGGAAAACAAGAGACAUCUGUGAGCAACAUUUCUUUGUAUGCUUUGGACACACCUACACAAAAUCAAGUGGAGCGAAUCAGAAGCUUACUGGAGUCUACAAAACAUCUUCUACCUGGUGUUUCUGGCGACAGCCCUGUCAAUGCAGUGUGACAUCAUUUGAAUGGCGAAAUUGUUCAUGAGUUGUGCACUCCUUUCUGUUCAUGAGGACUGAUUAUCCAUCAUGACAAAAAUGUCACUACUUGAACACCAUCAAGUGAUAACCUCAUUGUAAGCAAUUUUAGUUAAGGACUCCUGUAUUCAAGUAAUGAACAUUGCAAUAUUUAUAUAUUUUCCUUUCUACUGAAUGAACAGUAUGUGAAUCUGAGGCUGUACUUGCACGUGUUUUUGUGGUUGGGCAAGAGUGUGUGUGAGUGCAUACAGCAUCAUUUGUGAUUAUCAUUUGAUAUGAUGCUUAUUUAUUUCUUUAGAUGAGUGAGCUAGAAAGUGAUUUCAGAGAGUGUGAUACAUUGUGAUAUGUUUGCAAUUUUAAAAAACACUGCGUACUGUUAAAAUCAGUCACAUCAAAAACAUUGUUCCUGCAAGUCAGUUACUUCCUGUGAUCAUAAUUUUUCAGAUGACAAGGAUUUCAUUUUUCCACUCGCUAUAGCACACGCUAUUUAUUCAAACAAAAUGGAGACUUUUAUUAAGUCUUACUGAUAAAAUUACGAUGUAAAAAAAUAUGUGAAAUGUAGAAAAGUCAGAGUUGACUCUAUUUCAUCUGA